AUGGAGGUAUCCUCCAGGUCCCCCUCCAACUUCGAUCCAGGCAACUAUGUUGAAGUGACUGAUACAACCACCCACGUACCCUCAAAAGUGGUGAUACAGGAUAUUACCAUGGAGCUGCACUGUUCACUGUGUAAGGAUUGGUUCCACGACCCACUGAUGCUGAGCUGUGGCCACAACUUCUGCCAAACCUGUAUCCAAAACUACUGGAAACUGCAUGCAAAGGAAACAUUCUGUCCGGAGUGUAAGAUGCUAUGCCAGUAUAGCAACUGUACAUUCAACCUGGUGCUGGAGAAGCUGGUGGAGAAGAUUAAGAAGGUUCCCCUGCUCAGGAGCCACCCACAGUGCCCAGAGCACGGAGAGAACCUGAAACUGUUCAGUAAGCCAGAGGGGAAACUGAUCUGCUUUCAAUGCAAGGAUGCACGAUUGUCUAUGGGGCAGUCUAAGGAUUUCCUGCACAUCUCUGAUGCUGUCUGUUUCUUUACGGAGGAGCUUACCAUCUAUCAGAACCAACUCCAGACAUCCCUACAGGAGCUUCAGUCUCUUAGAACGAUGCAGAGAGAUGCUAUUGCUGCUUACAAGGACAACAAGAUACAACUGCAGCAACACCUUUCCUUGGAGUUUCUGAAGCUGCACCAGUUCCUGCACAACAAAGAGAAGGACAUCCUAAAUGAUCUCCGGGAUGAGGGGAAGGUCUUGAGUGAGGAGAUGGAGGUGAACCUGAACCAGCUUCAGGAGCAGUGUCUCCUCGCCAAAGACAUGCUGGUGGACAUUCAGACGCGGAUGGAACAGCAGAACUCGUUUGAGUUCCUCAAAGACAUCACAAUGCUCCUAGAUAGCAUACAGAAAGGAAUGAAGACACUCUCACCCAGACAGAUUAUCUCCAAAAGGCUGAGCCCAGGCCGCUUCAGAGGUCCCAUCCAGUAUAUUAUCUGGAGGGAAAUGCAGUCCGUUCUCUCUCCAGGCUUAUCUCAAUUAACUAUGGAUCCUAAAACAGCUCAUCCGAAUCUGGUCCUAUCCAAAUGCCGGACCAGCGUGUGUCACGGUGAUAUUAAACAGAUAAUGCCUGACGAUCCGGAGAGGUUUGAUUCGAGCGUGGCUGUCCUGGGCUCCAAAGGCUUCUCCUCUGGAAAGUGGUACUGGGAAGUGGAGGUAGCAAAGAAGACCAAAUGGACGAUCGGAGUCGCCAGGGAGUCCAUCAUUCGGAAAGGGAGCUGCCCUCUGACCCCAGAGCAAGGGUUCUGGCUUCUAAGACUAAGGAACCAAACUAAUCUAAAGGCUCUGGACCUGCCUUCCACUAGUCUAGAAAUGGAAAAUCUCAACAGGGUGGGCGUGUACCUGGACUACGAGGGAGGGCAGGUGUCCUUCUACAAUGCUGCAACCAUGAGCCAUCUCUACACCUUCAGUGGUCUUUUCAUGGAGAAAGUUUUCCCCUACUUCUGUCCUUGCCUUAAUGAUGGUGGGGAGAAUAAAGAGCCAUUGCACAUCGUGCAUCCACAGUAA